AUGGCCAACCUCCGUCGUCUUGCCUUGGCUGUUGGAGCUCUGCUCCCUGCCGUCCUCGCCGCCCCCGCCGUGUACAGGCGUUCCGAGCCCGAGGCUGUUCCCGGCAAAUACAUUGUGACCCUCAAGGAGGAUGCCGUCAACGUCGAGUCCCACCUGAACUGGGUCACCGACGUUCACAGGCGCUCGCUGGGCAAGCGUGACACUGUUGGUAUUGAGAACAAGUUCAACAUCAGCAACUGGAACGCCUAUUCCGGAGAGUUUGACGAUGCUACGAUCGAGGAGAUCAAGGCCAGCCCCGAGGUUGCCAUCGUCGAGCCCGACUACUACAUGUACCUCUUCGACGACGUCGACGCCGAGCUCAGCGAGCGUGCUCUGACGACCCAGUCUGGUUCCCCCUGGGGCCUGGGCGCGACAUCCCACCGUAGCCCUGGAUCUACCUCGUACAUCUACGAUACCUCCGCUGGUGCCGACACCUUUGCCUACGUUGUCGAUUCCGGCGUUCUUGCCACCCACACCCAAUUCGGUGGCCGCGUUACUCUUGGCUUCAACGCCUUCACCGGCGCCCACGUUGACGGCGCUGGCCACGGAACCCACGUUGCCGGCACGAUCGGUGGCUCUACCUACGGUGUUGCCAAGCAGACCAACAUCAUCUCCGUCAAAGUCUUCGAGGGCCGUCGCAGUACGACUGCCGCUAUCCUCUCCGGGUUCAACUGGGCCGUGAACGACAUCACCUCCAAGAACCGCGCCAGCCGCUCUGUCAUCAACAUGUCCCUCGGCGGUCCUGCCACGACCACCUGGACGACGGCUAUCAAUGCUGCGUACAGCAGAGGCGUUCUCUCUGUUGUUGCUGCUGGCAACGGCGAUGACAACAACAUUCCUCUGCCUGUGUCGGAAGUGUCCCCUGCCAACGUCCCCAACGCCCUGACCGUUGGUGCCGUCGACUCCACCUGGCGCGUGUCCACCUUCACCAACUACGGCCCCGGCGUCGACAUCUUCGGCCCCGGCGUUGCCGUCCUGUCGUCCUGGAUCGGCAGCAACACUGCCACCAACUCCAUCCCCGGCACGUCCAUGGCCGCCCCCCACGUCGCCGGUCUUGCCGUCUACCUCCAGGCUCUCGAGGGUCUCUCCACCCCCGCUGCCGUCACCAACCGUAUCAAGGCUCUCGCCACCCCUGGCCGCGUCCUCGGCGACCUCCGUGGCAGCGCUAACCUUGUCCUCUACAACGGCAACGGCGCGUAG